AUGGGCGACGUGCUGAUGGUCCAGCUCUGGCGGCAACAUAGGGACGACCGAGACCCCCUCGUCGACAAGGGUACUGUCAUGCUCUUAAAGGAACCGUAUCUAAAGGGCACGGCGGACGGCAAGUACCUGCUCCGUGUAGAUCACGUAUCGGACGUCGUUUUUGUCCUCGACCACGACGAACGGAUGCCCGCCGUGUGGAGAACAAAGGUUGGUCACGGCGACACCGCCCAGACUUGGAGGGUGCACGGCGACAAGCAUCGCGACGCAUCCCGAUAUCGGUCCGCCAUCAAGUGCUACACCCGGUCGUUAGCCUGUUCCCCGACUUUGGAAGAAGAAUGCAUUGCUAGGAUUGGCCGGUCCCAGGCGUUCCACGAGUCCGAACAAUACGAAGCCGCGCUCUCCGAUGCGGAGAUCGCGGUGAAUACUGGGACAGCGUUCCGCCAUCUGGCUGAGAAAGCGCGGUUUCGCCAGGCCGAGGUACUCUACGCGCUCCAGAGAUACCAAGCGUGCUACGACGUACUGGCGGCGUUAUGCCGCGAUUCCCCUUACCAUACGACUGCUAAAGCCUUGCUACACCGCGCCAUAGCCAGAGUUACUGAACAGACGUAUGGCACCUACCCCUUCCUAGAUAUGCAGGCCGAGGCAAGGAAACGCCAGACACCGGAACUGGGCCAUGCAACCUAUAUCGGCCCCGUCCGGAUCCAAGACGCAGGCUCUCGCGGCCGUGGCGUCUUUACCACAAAGCCAGUCAAAUUGGGAGAGCUACUCUUUUGUGAGAAGGCAUUUGCCACCUCUUGGGGUGAUGAAGGCCUUGGUAAACGCACAAAAAUAAAAAUGGAAGUGGACACGGACCCAGCGGGUUUCAACUUCCACGGCAAGACGGUGGCAGAAUGCAAUGCGAUCAUCCGGAAGAUGCAGGCAAGCCCGUCCUGCAUUCCGAAAGUCGUCGAUUUGUAUCAUGGCCUCUACCCGUCUCGUCUUAGUAAUGGACUUGUCGACGGCCAGCCGGUCAUCGACAGUUUCCAGAUCCGUCACAUCGUGCGCUUCAACUCCUUCGCCGUGCCUCGCUCCAGUCACAAUCAUGUUUUUAGAACUGAGUCCAAACCCGAGUUUCAAACCGACGCUAGCGGAGUAUGGACUUUUGCCUCACACGUAAAUCACUCUUGCGCAUACAACGCUCACCGCGCGUUUAUCGGGGACUUUAUCAUUUUCCGCGCCGCACAAGACCUACCUGCCGGCACAGAAAUCACCACAUGGUACGUCCUGCCGUCGCAGAUUAGCGAAGUCAGCCAGCAGAGCCCGUUUGAGACCUGGGGUUUUGAGUGUGGCUGUGCAAUGUGCACCGAGGCGAAGGAGAUAGGCAGUGAUGUGCGCACGAAGCGAAACGCGUUGCUCACGGAGUUGUCUUCGAUGAUCCAGGGUCAGAUGGACGAGGUAGUACGGACCACGGUUUCGUGGGACCGGGUACUGAGGCGGGUGGAGAGCGGCGUGCGCGAGCUGGAACAAACGUUUGCGCAGUCGGCGGUAGAAGUGCCGCGGAGAUGGUUGGCCAACUUGCUGUUCGAUUUCGUACGGAUGGGGUUGAACAGACCCAUACACCCUAAGGUCAUGACAACACAUCGUGCGGUGCAGCUUCUCCUGUGGUGUUUGCGAUCUCUUGGCUUCGUGAUCGAGGGAGGGGAGCGCGGAACACUUCGCGUUAAACGGUGGGGCCUGCUGUCGGUUGACGGGGCUGAUGCGAUGUCUUGUUGGCUUUCUCUCCGAAGAGCGUACCAAGAGACCGCACCGGAGCUCGUGACGCCGGCAGAGGAGUAUGCUCGCAUGGCGUACCUGAUUCAUAUGGGAGAGGACGAGACAUUUUCGACGACGAUAGAAGGCACGAAGACUUCUAGCGCGGGUCCCUCCCGGCCACCACUUUCAAAAACCAAGUCUCGACCCUCUCGUCCUCCCAAACCAGCGGCUCCGUCGCGUUGGAAGAGGACCAUGUGUACUUACACGCCGGCAGAUCAUGAUACUACUCAGCUGUACAGCUCGCGACGCGAUUGA